AUGGAAUUAUCAGAUCCAAGUCCCGAAGAUCUUCAACGGAAAUUAUAUUUCCUGGUGGAACAACUUCAAAACAUGGCUAGUGCUCUACCUUCAAAAUACCAAAUGCGUUUGCCUUACGAAUUAUUGUCCGGACUGGCCAACUCUUUGCUAAAUGACACUAUUUUUGAGAUAGUAAAAGGUCUGAUGGAGAUCCAGCAUGUGACUGAGAAACACUUGUUUCAACAACGGCUCCAGCUGCUAAAUCAGCAGAAGAUACAGAUGCAAGAAGUCCUAGCAGGUUCCAACACCGAGGAGGAGAAAAUCGCGGUAAAAAUAGCCCUCGAGGAAAAGCAGAAGAAAGAUUUGAAGGCCACUGACAUGAGACUGGUGAUGCAGUUAGACCAGAAAGUCGCUGAUCAGCAGAGUACUCUAGAAAAGGCUGGAGUUCCUGGUUUUUACGUCACCAAUAAUCCUGCAGAAAUUCAACUGCAAAUGAGGCUUUGUGACUUUAUUAUAAGACUAAGUAAGAUGGAAAUACCUAGAUGA